AUGACUGAUAAACUUGGAGAAGAUUAUGAAUCUAUAGCUAUUGAAAGAUUAAAAAGCAUUAGAAAGAAAAUAGAUGAGAUAGGAGAUCCAGCAUACACAGUUCCUGACUUGGGAAAUCAAGAAGAGCCUGAGAAAGGAGAAAGAAUAUGUAUUGCUUGUCAAUCAUCAAUUAAACCUACAGAAAUAUGCGUUACAAUGCCAUGCUGCGGCUGCUUGUUCCAUGCAAGCUGUAUUGCGAAAAUUUGCAAUGCACAUAGAUUUUUAAUGAAUAAAAUCUGCCCAAAAUGCACAACACCGUUAGACCAAGACUUUGAAGCCAGACUUAUACAAAUUUAUGAUAUAAUCAAAAAGAAUGAAUGA